UGCUUAUACCCGGCCAAAAAGAAAAAUAUUACACUCACUCUUUCCCCACUUUUUCAUGUCAAACAGUCAAAGCCCCCAACCCCAAUGUCUCUAAUCUCUCUCUCUCUUCCUCCUAAUUUCUUAACCUUUCCCCUUCUUAAACAGUACAUCGCUACUUCUCUGUCGGUAUUCCACAACAAAGCUUCACAAUAUUUACAGUAAACUCUGUCCCCACUUAUUCUCCAGAGAAAAUUCUGGUAAUAUAGCCUUUUGUUUCUUGAUUCCAAAGAUUGCAUGAACUGAUAAAGAAAAUUUCUUACUCUUUAUAUUUAAUCAGUCUUGAAGAUCCUGAAGCAAAGGUACAGUAUUUUGUGGAUUACAUGCUGAUUGGUUAGAAAAGUUGAAAUUUGUUUAAAAAAACUAAAUUAACUUUAGUACCCUCUUAAUCUUGAUUAUUGAAGCAGAAAGAAGAAGAAAAAAGGGUUUUCUUAAUACGUGGAAUGUGAUGAUUAAUGCUAUGUUUCCCAGGAAAGAAUCCAUGAAUGAAGUAGAAUGUUGCUUGGAUCCUCAGCUAUGGCAUGCUUGUGCAGGAGGUAUGGUCCAAAUGCCAGUAAUUAAUUCUAAGGUGAUUUAUUUUCCUCAAGGCCACAUUGAGCAUGCUCAAGUAAACAUUGAUCUUAGAAAAUACCCAAAAAUACCUCCAUUAAUUCCAUGUAAAAUCAUUGGAAUUAAGUAUUUAGCUAAUUAUGAAAGUGAUGAAGUUUAUGCCAAAGUUAGGUUGGUACCUUUAAGGGGCAAUGAAUUUGAUACUACUUGUGAUGAUGGGUUUGUUGGGAAUAAUGAAAUGGAAGAAGGGUCAGAAAAACCUGUUUCUUUUGCUAAAACCUUGACUCAAUCUGAUGCUAACAAUGGUGGAGGAUUUUCGGUUCCUCGGUAUUGUGCCGAAACUAUCUUCCCAAGAUUAGAUUAUUCAGCCGAACCCCCUGUUCAAACUAUCCUGGCUAAGGAUGUUCAUGGGGUAACCUGGAAAUUUAGGCAUAUAUAUAGAGGAACUCCUAGGAGACAUCUUCUUACGACAGGUUGGAGUAAUUUCGUUAAUCAGAAGAAGCUCAUUGCUGGGGAUUCGAUUGUUUUCCUAAGGACGGAAAAUGGGGAUUUGUUCGUUGGGAUUCGGAGGCCUAAGAGAGAACUGUUAACUUGUGGUUCCGCAUAUGGUGGAUUUGCUGCUUUCCUUAGGAAUGAAGAGAACAAUAAGAUUAUGGCUCGAAAUCUCGAGGGGAUGAAUUCUGGUAACAAUACUGAGAAAGUGCGAGCGGAAUCUGUAGUUGAAGCUGCAUAUCUUGCUGCAGAUGGUAAACCAUUUGAGGUAGUUUACUAUCCAAGAGCAAGUACACCAGAGUUCUUUGUCAAAACUGCAGCUGUCAGGGCUGCAAUGCGUUUACAGUGGUGUGCUGGAAUGAGAUUUAAGAUGGCUUUUGAGACUGAGGAUUCGUCCCGCAUUAGCUGGUUUAUGGGGACUGUAUCUUGUGUUCAGGUUGUUGAUCAUGUUCAUUGGCCCAACUCACCCUGGCGCCUUCUUCAGGUUGCUUGGGAUGAACCCGAUCUACUACAAAAUGUAAAGCGAGUGAACCCAUGGUCGGUUGAAUCAGUAGCAAGCAUGCCAACAGUCCAUAUGUCUCCAUUUUCGCCUCCUAGAAAGAAGCUAAGGGUUUCUCAAGUUCCGGAAAUCCCUUUUGCUGACCAAUAUCUGCUGCCAACAUUUCCUAAUAGCGCUUAUAAUCCUAGCGGCUCCGUAUUUGGUUUAGCAGAGGUCCCUGCAGGUGUACAGGGCGCCAGGCAUGCUCACUUCAGGCAAUUCUUGUCAGAUCAUCUAAACAAAGUAAAUUACUCAAGUCUUCUUACAAAUGGACCCGAGCUAAAAUCUCUUCAUUGUGGCAUUUCAGCAAAGCACAAAAUCAGAGAAAACAUAUCGUCGUUCCUUACAAUGGCAACCCUCAAAGAAAGUCCUAAGGAAAAUGAUAUGUUGACACCAAAAUUUAUGCUUUUCGGGAAACCUAUUUUAACAAAGCAGCAAAUUUCUCAAAGCUCUUCCAGCGACUCAAUGAGGACAGUAUCAGACAGCAAUUUAGAGAAGACAGGUAACAAUGCUUCCGAAGAUUCUAAUGAUACAUUGAACAAGCCUUCUGGUGGAAAUUUUCCUUGUAAAGUUUUUAUGGAGUCAGAGGAUGUUGGCAACACUCUAAGCCUGUCUUCCCUUGGCACUUAUGAUGGCUUGUAUAAGAAGAUCGCCCAUCAUAUUUGGCAGGGAAAGAUCCUAGAAGCAGAGCAAUGUGCUCUGUCGUAGAUGCCUCAACGUGGGUACAGUCGUCACUUGCUCUUGACGUUUUGGGAAAUACAGGCAUAGCUUGGAAGCUCAAUGUAGAUUUUCGACCGCAAUGGUGGUUACUUGUGAAUCAACCUCACGUUCAUUAUUUGCUUUAGGCGAUACUUCUUGCUGUUGUUAUUCAUUUGAUACAUGUAAGAUCUCGAAUCUACCACUGUUUUGUAAAGGAAAUGGCUCCCAUCCAUUUCAGGAUGUGUGGCCCUGAAAUGGCAAGGAGCCCAUUCCGCUACUUAAUUCCAAGAUUUUUCUUAUAUAAGUAUAUGUUCAGCUUUAAA